AUGGACGAACCAAUAGUGAUUCAGCUCAGUCGUCCUGAGGUGUAUGUGAACCAUAUAUCUUUUGGUGGAAGGGAUGCUGUUGCGGCGACACUCAGCAAUGACUUCAUACACUUAGUAGACUUGGAAGCAAGGAAAUCGAAACAAACUUUGGAUGUUGCGAAAAGAGUUGUUGGGAUUCACUUCGAUCUCACUGGAAACCCGAUUCUUCGUGCUGUUGAUGAUUCAUUCGGAAUCCACUUAUUCGACGUCCGUGCAGGCUCUAAGAAGAAGUCGAGAGUAAAUCCCAUUAUGGAAAAUCAUGAGGUGGUUUGUUCGGCUUGUUCGGAACAGUACAUUGCCUUGGGUAGCUCCACUUUCGUUUUGGAAAAUGAGGAAAAGAAGAAAUCUAAGAAAGCGGAAGCAUGUGGUGAUGUUGAAACGGAUGAUGAGGACGAUGAACAAAGUGAAGCGGAAGUCGAUCCGAAUGCUAAUCCCCAUGUAAUUUCUGUUUUUGAUCUGAGAAAAUGUACUGAUCCUGUUUUAACGAUUAAGGAAUCUCAUUCGGAUGCGAUAAAUUCAUUGUCGUUUAUGAAGGACGGUCAACACCUUAUAUCGGGUGGAUCAGAUGGCUUACUUAAUAUUUUUAAUGCUUCAUACUCAAUAGAAGACCAAGCUUUGCAGAGCACUUGUUCGGUUGGUUCCUCCAUAAACCGUGUUGGAUAUUUGUCUAAACGCCUCGUUUAUGCUUGUACCGACGACAACAAGUGUUCCGUCUUCAUUGCAAAUGCUCCCGACGAUGUGGAUUACUUGAGAAAUGGAAUCGAUGGUCGCUUCUUAGUCGAUGCUUUAAGAGGUGGCGUAGAUGAACGUCCAGUUGCAUUAUUAGAGUGCGAUCCUGAGGGAACGCUCUACAUUCGCACGGUUUCCAAAGAUGGAAAAAACUCUGAGGUGGUGAUGGAAUGGAAUGGGCAUACUGACCUAGUACGGAGUGCUGCAUCUAACAACCAUAUUUUAGUUACUGGUGGAGAAGAUGGUAAAAUUGUAGUGAAAAAUGUAGACUUGAGGCCCGAAGGAGGAAAACCCGAUAAGCGAAGGGAGAAAAAGGCGGAAAAUAAAAAUAUUUCUGGGAAAGUUAAGGAUAAGAGAGGAAAUAGAAAAGACAAAGCGCGGCCACUUCAGUGGCUUUACACCAACAGUUACAUUCUGCUUGCGUCUUGCCCAACGUAUUCCGACGAGAAUUUGUAG